UUAUUUUCUUGAAUCUUCACAUGCAAAUCGGGUUAGGUUUAGGGUUAUGGUCUUGCAUCUGCACACGCAAAUAGGACAAUGCUCGUGGGAAAUUGAGGGCAUGAACAAAUAAAAUUCGAAUAAAAAAGGAUUUGUAUAACUUUAUUUUACUAACAUUUUCCCUGCCUUGAAGCACAAGCUCUCCUGGCAGCUUUAAGUAGCUUUACAAAGAUUGAAAUAGCCAUUUUGGAUCUUGAGUCCAUGCUACAGCUGUCUGUGGCCCGGAGUUAAGCAAGGAAUAAAGCUGUCUGUCUGCAUAGAACAUAUAGUCUACUCUCUCAGCCUUUAUAUACACACCAACAAGACACAUCAGUAGUUUUAACUCCAGGUUUGGACCAGGUGAAAUCAAACACUUUGAACAGCCGAAGCCUAAAUUCUCGAUAUUACAAUAUAAAUUUUUCGGAAUAAUAUUUUAAAAUUGUUUCAUACAGCAGUCCAUGUGAGAAUGUUAAGAAGAAGAAAAAGGUCACAUCAGACAUGAACUCCAAUUCCCAGCAAACACCACAGCCUUCAAACAUGGCCACCUUGUGCAACACCCACACACACACCCUGCUCACCUGAGCUCAAUCAGUUGAAUGCACUCACAGACUGAUGCUUCAUCCACUCAUAAUUUGGGAAGAAUUUCUCCAGUUUAUUUUUUAUUCCUGACAAUACCAAGCCUUUUAUGACCUGACUGCAUGACCUUUGCCAAAAGCUUUGGACUACUUGCUCUAGUGUUUUCAAUGAAAGAUCCUUUAACCUGCAUUUGCAUCCACCUCCUUGUGUUUUUGUGAAGAAGAAAAAGUAGUUUUAAUAAUAUAGCAGCUUUCAUAAACCCAAGGUCAUUUUUUACAUCAAGAUAAUAAUAAAUAAUUCCUAAGAACACAGUACAAAAUAGAAAAGUUACACAGAUCAACAGGUCACUUCUUUCACAAGUGAAAAGAACCGGGAGAAGGAUGAAGUGCUGGAAAAUAAGUGCAAUAAAGAGAAAAAUAAGUGAUGAUGCUGGAAUAUGGGCUUCAAUGAGGACUGCAAGUGUUCUCAUGCACUGCAUUUACUACACUUAGAAACAAAAAAUAGCGUAAUCAAGUGACUUUAUUAUUGACAAUAAAAAGUGUGAUUUCAUUACAAUGUUCUGAAUAAAAUCUAAACUAUUCCCACAACGUCCAUGUAGUACGCCUAUAUCAAACCCUUUGUGGCUCUAGUCAUGAGGAUGUUUUACAUACUGAUAGAGGAUUUCAGGCUUGCUGUUAAAUAUUACUAGAGUAAGUCAACAAGUUCAAGGUCCAUCAAGUAAAUGUGAUAGGUAAAUAUGAAAAAAAUAAAACCCUGGAUUGAAUGUCAACAUCCAGCUCAGCUCCAUCUCCAUCUCAGCUCAGCAGCCUGAACUACGCAAAGAGAUUAUUUCUUCAUUACGCUGAAAAGCCAGUGUGUACAUGCAAAUAUUUACAGGUAUACAGGUCAAAACGCGCAUUAAAAGGUUUAAAAAGACAUUGCACACCAUUAUCGCGAAGAUCAUCCACAGUAAGGUUGCUGAGAUUUACUGUAUAGGCGUGGAGACACAGUCUAAGAUUUUGUUGCUGCGCAUGCGCAAAACCGGAAAGUAGCAUUUCUCGAUAGGUAGCGUAACUCGACAGAACACCCCCCUGACGUCCAGCAGUUAUGGAAUCAGAUACUGAUAAUCGGUAUUCAUGCAUCCAUGAUGGACUAAAGGAGCUUGAGGAUGUGUGUGAUGAGGUAGCUCUACUAAAUUUAAGUGAGAUAGAAAGGGAAACAGAUACAUGUUUGGUGAUUGAUGAGGAAAGUGGAACGCAGUUCAUUAAAACCAAACUGAGGUUAUGUCAAAUUAAGUACUGUGAAGGAUGUAGCAACCUUCAUCUGUGCAAACGGUACCUGUUUGGAGAGUGUCCGUACAACGACAAGAGAAACGAGUGCCAGUUCAGCCAUGACCUGUAUUCAGAGCACAACGUCAACGUGCUGUACCAACACAAACUGCUGGAGCUGGACUGCAGUGAGCUGCUCAUUACACUUCUGCAAAAUGACACCACCUUAUUGCCUUCAGUGUGUUUGGCGUAUAACAAGGGCAGUGGUGAGUUUGGGAACUGUCUUGAAGCAGAGACCUGUGAUAAACUCCAUGUCUGUGAGAACUACAUCAGAGGAAUAUGUGAUGGAUGCAGCAGAUGCCAUGAUUUAUACGAGCCUCAUCCAUUCAAAACACUGCAGGACACCGGAGUGUCCAAUGAGCUGAUGGACACUUUACUGUCAGUCUAUAAGAACAUGCUUACCAUUGCAGACAUACACCAACCCAUAGCACCAGAGAAAUGGAUAUGUCUUUUCCAUUUCCAAAAUUCCUGCAGUUUUGAAAACAUAUGUGAAAAUGUGCAUUUCUGCUUGCCCUAUAAAUGGGAGCAGUGGGAUGGGAAGAGCUGGAAAGUUCUGCCUGAUAAUGAGGAAAUAGAAAGAGCAUUCUGUGAUCCCACUCAGACACACAGCGACAACGUCAUACCUGUACACUUUGACACAAUGACACGGGGUUCUGUAUUUGUUCGCCGUCUCUCUACUAUUUCAUCAGUUCUGGAUCCCAGCUUUGCCCUCACUACAAAAUGGAUCUGGUACUGGGAAGAUGAAUAUGGGAACUGGAUCCAGUAUGGAUCACCACAAGGGACACACGAUAUAUCUUCCAUCACCAGUGACUUCCUGGAGUGGAAAUACCAAGAAAACAAUGGUGCUGUCAUCAAAUUUACUACAGCUGAACAUUCUUGUGAGGUCAAUUUGCAAGACAUGAUACAGUACAACACGCAAAGUAGCACCAAAAUGCGAAUAAGGAGGAGACCCAUGUUCCUCUCAGCGGAAGAUGUCCAAAAAGUUAUAACAAGAGAAAAGGAUCAUUGGCAAAAUCCCCAAGCUUUGCUUUAUGAUUCGGAUCAAGCCAAUAUGUCUGUAAUUGGAUUCAAGAGAGUUCUCCUGAACAGUGAUACCGAUGAAUAUAAGAAGAUAGCCGAGCGCUUUUAUCAGACGAUGUUGGAGUGUACUGUGAAGAGAAUUGAGAAGGUUCUGAAUGAGGAUUUAUGGGAAGUUUUUCACAGCCAUGUCAGUGCCAUGAAACAAAAAAAAGGAGGCAAGGAGGAUGAAAAACUCCUGUUUCAUGGUACUGAGUCCAAGCUGAUUGACACCAUCUGCCAGCAGAACGUUGACUGGACAAUGUGUGAACCACAUGAGACAGCAUUUGGUAAAGGUAGUUAUUUCACCAGAGAUGCCAGAUCCUCCCACAGCUACACUGACAAGUCUGGAACUGACAAGUGUAUGUUCCUUUGUCGAGUUUUUAUAGGAGAAUAUUCCAAUGGGCAUCCCAGUUAUAUCCACCCUCCUCUGAAAGAUGGGGAAACUGAUGUCUUUUAUGACAGCUGUGUAAAUGAUAUCAACAACCCGUCCAUAUUUGUUGUAUUUGAGAAACAUCAGGUGUACCCCGAGUACCUAAUUCAGUAUGAACAAGGAGCAGGGAGCAGUCCUCAGCACGUCUCUCUUAAUCAGUUCCCCUCAAGCACUCAGGCUAGUUUCAGUGGCCCGUCUGUAUCCAGUCAACUUUCUCCAAACACAGCCUUGAUGAUCGCUCCAAAAUUCCAUUAUACUCCUGUGUUGCAAUCCCACAUCUUUGCUCACUCAAAGAAUAAAUAUUUCCAAGCAGGUGCAGCCAGGUUACCUUUUCCUCACCACAAUAAGCCUACUGUAGUCAGAACUUUCACAGUUAACAGCCCUACAAAACGGUACGGUUCUCCUAGAGGAUCUGGGUCGAUGCAUUCACCAGCAAAAGCUAUAACCCACACUAGGACCUCAGGAUCAUUUAGAAAAGACAGGGCAAAACAACAGGUAACAAAUUCACUGAUGUCAGCUAGUGAAUCACUUCCAAAGGCUUUGUCCACAACAUUAACAACUAUAACUACUACUAAACUAUCAAAAACAGUUAAAACUGUCAGACAACAAACAUCCAGUGCAGAUGGUGGAUUAAUUUCAGUGAAUUCUUCAGUAAAUUCUACAUCUGUUACCAAAACCUCAAAGUCAUUUAAAGCUCAGAAUGCCAGCUACCCGGCCUCAAAUGCAAUCAAAUUAAAUAGUGGAUUAAGUCCAGGGGCUAGUUCUGCCGGCACAUCAACUUAUACUGAUGCUUCGAAGUCAGUUAGAAAUGAAAAUUCCAAAGCUAAAAAAGUUUCCAGCUUCAGUUCAAGACCUAGGAUUAGUCCUGAUAUGGUAAGCACCAAACCUGCAGGUGAGAGCUCUAAGAGUUCUGCUUCACAAAGCACUAAACCUGCAGGUGAGAGCUCUAAGAGUUCUGCUUCACAAAGCACUAAACCUGCAGGUGAGAGCUCUAAGAGUUCUGCUUCACAAAGCACUAAACCUGAGGGUAAAAUCUCCAAGAGUUCUGCUUCACAAAGCACAAAACCUGCAAGUGAGAGCUCUAAGAGUUCUGCUUCACAAAGCACUAAACCUGAGGGUAAAAUCUCCAAGAGUUCUGCUUCACAAAGCACUAAACCUGCAAGUGAGAGCUCUAAGAGUUCUGCUUCACAAAGCACUAAACCUGAGGGUAAAAUCUCCAAGAGUUCUGCUUCACAAAGCACUAAACCUGCAAGUGAGAGCUCUAAGAGUUCUGCUUCACAAAGAACUAAACCUGCAGGUAAAAUCUCCAAGAGUUCUGCUUCACAAAGCACAAAACCUGCUGGUAAAAGCUCUAAGAGUUCUACAGGAAGGCGUUAGUGCUUGUUAGCGCAAAAGCCUUCAAUUAUGUGAAAAUGGUAAUCGUAUUUUAAGAUAUUCUUAUGAUAAAUCUAAUCUUUGAGGUAAAUCUUUUAUUUCUUGUUAUCAUAAUCAUUUGAUUUUUAAUAGAACUGAUUGCUGUUCAUUUGUGCAACAGGUUUUUUCCUAGCUUAUAUUUCCAACUGGAAAUAUACCUCACCUUGAAACAAGUAACAUUGUUAUUGCAAUAUUUUAUUUAGCUUUGAUUAAUGCACUCGAUCAUGACCAUCUUCUUCAGAAAUGUGCAUUGCAUCAUAUCGAAGCUGUUCCAGCCUGACAUGCCCCUGUGCACAACAUGAGUGUUUAAAGUGAUGGGCUACAUUUUAGAAGGUCAUGAGUUCAGAUCCCCACACGUAUCACUUAUCUCUGAUCAAGACCCUCAACCGCUCACUGCAAAUCCGAAAUUUUCCUAAAAGAUUAGGAAGAUAUUUUUAAAAGUGAAACAGGUAUAGGCAUUGGAGUUAUUCCAGCACGAGACUUAAUCCAUGCUCAAGAAAUUGGUCCAUUAUAACUGAUAUCCAGCUGUGCAAUGUAGACUGCGGUUAUUAAUAAUGCAGUAAGUUGUAUUUCCACUACAGGCAAAAGGGUGGGUUCCUCUAUUAUCUUUCUCAAGCCAGCGGAGAAAGCUGUGUUCGUAUCAUUUAAUAAUCUUGAGCCAGUAAUCUGAAACAUGUUCAUACACUAUCUGUGUUCUUUAUAGUGGGUAAUAUCGCUAAAGGAAGCAAAGAGUUAAUUGUGUUUUAUAAUAAUAAUAAUAAUAAUAAUAAUAAUAAUAAUAAUAAUAAUAAUAGCUCUAUAAAUGAUUCAAACCUUUCCACAGGGAAAAUAAUGAUAUUAAGCAAAGAUGUGGUGAAGAAGGCAUGCUUUGGACCAUUUCCUUUUCUCAUUUCAUAAAGACCUUGAAACCACUAAAGCACAAUCAUUAUUAUUCUGCCAUUUCUCAUACAGCUCUAUGUGAUCGGCUUGAUAUGAUGAGACAUUCAUAUGUUUUUAAACCUACACAGAUUAUUUUGAUUCAAUUUGUAUGAAUUAAGACAUAAAAACAGAAACCUGAUGCUGAUCUUAAUGUUUACAUGUCUAACUUUCUCAUAUAAAGCUAUGUAAUGUAAAUUAUUACAUUUCUUGCAUGUGUGAGAUGAUGUGCAUGUUGAUGUUUGAAUAAAAAUAUUGGUGUGUGUGUAUAUGUGUGAAUGUAUAUGUGUGUUUUAAUUAAGGUUGCUUCAUCUCCUUACAUUGUCUGUGCUUUACGCUGAGAGUUGCAAUUUUUAAACAGAUUUAUAGUUUGCCUCCUCGCCUUGACAUGCUUACUGCAGAUUAUUCUCAGUUAUUAUACUGUUAUUAAAACACCUUAAGGAUUAUUUAUAAUGAUAUUUUUAGGCUAUGGUCAAUCUUCAUUCUUAGAUAAACAGUCAUUUGUAUCCUCACAUGCCGUGUGUUCAGU